AUGGUGACAAUCACUCAUUUGUUGUGGCUCGGCAUUAAUCUGCUCUCCCACGUUAAUGCCCAAGAAGAAGCAGACUACGCGAGUGGAACCGUGAAAUGGGUCCAGGCAGGAAGGAGCGUGCUCAUCCAUCUCCCGACUCCUGAUCUACACUUCUUCCUAUGCAUCGGCAUAGUAAGACGCCUCAAGAAUCUAGUCUCCGACUUUCAUAUUGAAGUGAUACUAAUCCGAAGUGUGAGAGAAGGGAACCAAAGAGACCGGAUUGCAACGCACUAUCCUGGUGCCUUUAUCUUUAACUUCACACUCACCGCCGACAACCUUACCCUUCUGUUGAACGAUGAGCCCAUCUUGCCCCGCACUCACCCACACAUCCCCACCCCUCUCCGCGUCCAUCAGACACCGGAAAGCGCGACUUGUUUCGCAAACCGAGUCUGCACCAACUUCUCAACCGCCCCGGUGAUGGAUUUGGACUAUUACAUCUCAACGCCAGACCCAACCUCAGGAACCUCCAUCUGGAACCCGAAAUACAACCCACGUCUGCAAAUCGACAUCCUGCGCGCCAGCUUCUCCUCCUUCCCCGGCUACAGCACACCUCUUUCCUCCGACGCGCAACAGCAAAUAUGGGUCUGGCUCGAAGACCUCUCUGCGCACCCACCAAACACUCUCUAUUCCACCAUUCCCCUCAGAAUCAGCGACAUCAAAGCCGAUAGCCGCUGGUUUUGGCAAAACACGAAGGGUGGGGACAAUUACAAAGCGCCACAGGAUCUGAAAACAUGCCACAUCUGGUCCUGGCUCUGUGCCGACAUCCCCGAUUAUCCUCACUAUGAAUACAUAUAUCAAAUCAAUUUCGAUCAGUACGGCAAGAAGGGCUCGUUGAGACAUUUUGUGACUCAAACAUGGGCCAUGUUAGUGGAAUUGAUAGGGCUCCAGCAAGCGAUGGCAUUAUCGGCGCUUUGUGUGAGCAUUGUGCUUUGUCUGGUCGUUUCGCUUCUCUUAAGGGCUGUGAAGAAUGUGAUUGGCAUGUAUCGGAUGCGGAUGCAAGAGGUGGAUGAGUGGGUUGCGGAUGAGGAGUUGGAGGAUUCUAUCCAUGAGGAGGAGGUUCGGAACGAUAAAGUCCGGGCAGAGAAGGCUCGGGAAGACAAGAUUCGGAAAAACAAGGUUCCUUGA